AUGAGAGUGGGCAAAGGCUGUGAACGGUGUCGGUAUCGUCACAUCCGCUGUGUGAUUCCUCCAGGGGCCUCGUCCUGUGCGCCCUGCGCGCGCCAAGGGCGAGUGUGCCAGCUCGACCCGCCCUUCCACUUCAAAACAGUCCGCCAUGUUUACCAGAAGAGCAGUGGCACAUCGGCAAGAUUCGACCUAGAAUGGAAUGAAGAUCAAGUCUGGGUAGAUACGGCCCGGCCUGUGACGUUUGUACUCGAAGCCUGCGAUGAGGCAGAUGGGCCCGUAGAAGAGUCUGUUCAAGAGAAUCAGACCGUUUCCGCAAUGAGACCUCUAUCGUCAGACUCGCCUUGGGAUCCGCAUCACGUCGAUGGAGUUUCAGAGAUUCCCAACGUGGACCAUGCUAGUCCUCGACUGGUGCAAUUGCAUUCCAAUGAGCUUUCACCGCAGCCGCAGAUCAUGGCAAGCUACCACCACUCCCCUCCUACGACGGAUGGACCUUCUGCCCUAUCACUGCGAGAAGCGUCGCUGAUGCGUAGCUUCAUUCAACGAAUUGCUCCAUGGGCGGACAUUUGCGACCCUCAAUGCCAUUUUAGCACCGACGUUCCCCGCCGGGCAUUACAAGUCCCCAUGUUGCUCAAAGCAGUGAUGGCUCUUGCGGCCCGGCAUGACGCAAUUCUCAGCAACCAGAGCGACUGGGAGGCUUCGGAAUACCAUGACCAGUGUUUGGGCUUGCUCAUUCCGGCGUUAGAUCAGCCUGAACAGACCUACGAUGAGAACCUGUUGGUCACAGUAGUCCUGUUACGGAUAUAUGAAGAGCUGGAAAACAGCACCGACCCGCAAUUCCACCUGUUAGGAUCCAAUCGCCUGAUCAACUUGAUGUCUCGCUCCGCAUCUUCGGGUGGACUGGCAGAGGCUGUCAGCUGGCAAUUUCUGCGACAGGCCAUCUACGCAUCGGUGGUACAGUAUCAGCCGUUGCAGCUGGACCUGCAAAACUACGAGCGAUCCUCCAUGUUUCAACGCACAGAUGAUGCUGCAUUUGCAAACAUGGUGAUUUUUCAUUGCGCAGAUAUUCUGCGAAUCUGCCGCAACGUGCCCCAGGAGCCCGUGGAUGAAGAUGCACGACUCCAAGUGGCCCGCGCCGUCGAAGAGUGGCACCACGCGAAACCAACCACCUGGCAGCCACUCCGAUACCAACCGGCGGAUGUGACUGUGAAUCGACCGUUUCCUGAAAUAUGGAUGAUGUCGGCCCCCGCAGUUGUUGGAAUGCAGUAUUAUCAUGCCGUCUGUAUAUUCUUGACAUUUUCUGAGGGGUGUUCACGACCCAUGAGUGAUUACCAAAUGGCACGCUCGCGGCGGGUGUCAGAAAGAAUCAUUGCUAGCCAUAUUGUCAGCGUUAUUGGCUUGUCUCAGUCCAACGAAAGUGUUCAUAAUGCCUAUUUCAUGGCAUGUCAUCUGCUCCAUCGAUUUGGGUACUGCCUGAAGCACUGGACCGAGCAACAGGGCUCGUUGAAGUUUCUAUCCUGUGUAGAGAAAGUCCUGGGCUGGCGUACCUCGUGGAUCAAGCAAGAGCUGGAGCGCCAGUGGGCCGAACUCGGCCAGGUGGAUAGCCCCGAUAGCUGA